ACAGAUCUAGAUAUAAGACAACAUGUAGACACAUUUAUUGCAGCUGGUGAAGACAGUUCCGCCGGGGUUAUUAUGUUAUGUUUGAUAACCGUGGGUUCUUAUCCACAAGUGCAAAAAGAGAUACACAAAGAGUUAAAACAGAUUUUCGGUGAUGAAGACAGAGAUGUGACGAAAGAAGACCUUUCAAAACUAGUUUACUUAGAGGCAGUAAUAAAAGAGACAAUGCGUUUUUACCCAAUAGUACCCAUCAUAGCAAGAGAUCUGGAUAAAGACAUCAAAUUAAGUAACUGCACUUUAUCGAAAGGUCGCUCUGUAGUUUUAUCGAUCUAUGGAAUACAUCGACAUCCAAUGUGGGGUCCAGACGCUGAUGAGUUUAGACCGGAACGAUGGCUUGACCUUCCAUCAAAUUAUCAAAAGUAUUUUGCUGCUUUUAGUUUGGGUCGCAGAUUGUCAUUCAUAUUUAGUAGUACAAGCAUCACCGACAGUUGUUGGAUACUUACAUUGGUUAGAUUCGAGAUGUUUCUGUUAAUAUUGCUGUGGACGUUGGUAUUUCUAUUGUGGAUAUGGUCAAGAAGAUAUAAAAAUAAAGAUGAGCCACCAACAUUGCUUAAUUUAGGCUGGAGAAAACUAUACCAAUUUACAGAAGAUACUGAAGGUUUCUGGAGUCUCAUAAAAGAAAUAAGCAGAGAGUGUCAAAAACAAGAUGGAGUUAUAAAAGUGACUAUAGGUCCUAAAACCAUAUAUGUUCUAACAGACCCUGAAGAUAGUUUGACUGUGUCAAAUGCGUGCUUACAAAAGGAUAGCGUUUAUGACUUCGCAAAAAACUGGAUUGGAAAUGGCCUCAUCACUGCGUCUUUACCUAUUUGGAAAAUACAUCGAAAAGUAUUAGAUCCACUCUUCAGUGCUCGUCUAUUGAAUAACUUUAUGGAGGUAUUCAACAAUCUUUCGCGUGUGCUCAUCAAAAAUCUAGAAGUAGAAGUUGAGAAAGGACCCUUUGAUCCCUAUGUUUAUUCGAGACGGCACACUUUGGAAAUAAUAUGUAUGGCUUCUUUUGGAAAGAAAUUAAUGGAAAACAUUGAAUCUAAAAAUAAAUACAUGAGGAAGGUAGAAGAAAUAUUGAAUAUUUAUGCAUCUAGAUUACAGGUUUUCUAUUUACAUAAUAACUUUUUGUAUAGUUUUUCAAGUUUAAAGAAAAGAGAAGACGAAUACAUUGAAACACUGAGUAAUAUUACAAGCACAGUUCUCAAUGAAAUCAAAACAAGCUUUAAAUCGGAAAAGUCUUUGAAUACGGAAGAAGUAAAAAAAGAAGGGUUCGAAUUUGAACCAUUUGCAGAAACUCUUUUGAAAAUUUGUGAGAAUAAUACGCAAUUCACUGAUCAGGAUAUAAGACAACAUGUAGAUACAUUUAUUGCAGCUGGUGAAGACACUUCCGCCGGGGUUAUUAUGUUAUGUUUGAUAACCGUGGGUUCUUAUCCACAAGUGCAAAAAGAGGUACACAAAGAGUUAAAACAGAUUUUUGGUGAUGAAGACAGAGAUGUGACGAAAGAAGACCUUUCAAAACUAGUUUACUUAGAGGCAGUAAUAAAAGAGACAAUGCGUUUUUACCCAAUAGUACCUAUCGUAGCACGAGAUCUGGAUAAAGAUAUCAAAUUAAGUAACUGCACUUUAUCAAAAGGUCGUUCUGCAGUUUUAUCGAUCUAUGGAAUACAUCGACAUCCAAUGUGGGGUCCAGACGUUGAUGAGUUUAGACCGGAACGAUGGCUUGACCUUCCAUUAAAUUAUCAAAAGUAUUUUGCUGCUUUUAGUUUGGGUCGCAGAAUUUGUAUAGGAAAAACCAUGGCAAUCGCAUCGCUGAAAGUUACUAUGGCUCACAUAUUUCGAAACUAUAUAAUUCAUGGCGAACAGAGAAAUUUGAAAUUAAAAUAUGAAGUUACGCUGAAAGCUGUUUCCGGACAUCAUAUAACAAUUGAGAGAAGGACUAAAAAUAAAUGAUAAUUAUUACAACAAUGAUUGAAGCGACGUUGAAGUAAGAUUGAAAAAUUAAACAAAAUCUAUUGAUUAUGUUUUUCGUAAUGUAAUACGUAAAUGAUUUAUAGUAACAUUUAAAGUUGCAUAUUUUGUUUAUUUGUGUCUUUGUAUUGUUAUAACGUUUUUCCAAAGAUUAAUUUGAAAUUAAAUCAGUUCUAAUACCGAGAAUCGAAUACCUUCAGUUUUUUUUUAAUUAUUAUUAAGUUGUUUAAUUUUAGUUGAUAAAACUGUAGUGUGAUUUAUAAUUUGAAAUCGAUUGAACAUUGCAAAUUAUAACUCACAAAGUGAGACAAUUUAUGUUUGUUAUAACUCACAAAGUGAGACAAGUUAUCAUUUAAAAGUUUAACAAAAACUUUAUCUUUAUGAUUCGCUGUCUUGACUUGACUCACCUUAAUUGAAACGGCAUUCUCUCUUGGAAGCCGGAAGUCGUGUGUUAAAUUCCACCAGGCGUGUUUUAAAAAAUUGCACGUUGGAUAUAAUCUAAGUUGAUAAAAUGUUGAGACUCCUUGCAAAAGAUCUAUAAAAACUUGAUUAAUUUAAAGCAUUCAUUUCAGAUUCACGACACUUAGCCAUAUGGUAAAAUUUUGAGUACGUAACUUUGUAUUUAAGACGUAGAAACGGACUUUUCAAUGAAAUUAAUAUUUAAACCAUAAAAGCCAAUAUAACAAAUAUUAAUGUAAAGCCUUAGUCCGAUUUUGAUAUUACUGUAUAAUGUGCGUAAAAGCAACAAAUAAAUAUUUGUAUUAGCAGCUUGAUUUAAAAUAAAAACUGUGUUCUUAUUGUAAUUGUUAUUUUGACAUUUAAUGAAGAUAUAAUUUAAUUAUUAUUUACAACAUGGUGAAAAGUAUUUUAUAAUUUAAAAAUUAUAAUCCAUGUUCUGUCCUAUUUGACCCUAUCAUAGUUUUCCGAUGUAUAAAGUCGAAGGAGAAAUAAUAGUAUGCUGAUGUGAAAUUACUUAAGCCAAGU